AUGUUGAUAAGCCAGGUCAGAUUUUUAGAUACUGAUAGCCUCAAAUACAAAGAAUGUUAAAUAUCAUGUUUAGAAUGUAUAGGUAAAGGAAGUCAAAGUGUUACCUUUGAAGAGCAAACAUACUAAUACUUGUGCAAGCCUGAUUCCUUAAGUAGUUGA